AUGCCUAAAAAUCCAGGGUGGAAAGCUAGAGACACAUCUGGUGCCCCUCCUAUACAUUCUGGAGUCCUCCCUGAUGGUUCAUUACAAUCAUUUUAUUUCCCUGAUAACCACCCUCAUCAUUCUGGCCAAUUUAAAGGAAUGGCCCAAAUCCUUCAAGAACAAGGAAUUAAUGUUGAUGGAAAACACACACAAUGUGAAGGUUUCAAGUGUGCUGACAAAUCAGCACAAUCAGUAUGCUGCUGUCAACGAAUUCUGUUUAACCAGCCAGAUUUUCAAGCUCAAAAGUCUGCAAUUGAAGAAUUGGUAGAAGGUUAUAGACACAAGGCAGUUUUUUAUCCUAAAUUCUAUUGUGAAUUGAACUUCAUUGAACAGUGCUAG